AUGGCAUAUAUUGAUCACUUAGAUCUUAUCAAAAGAGGAGGUAAUAGAGCUAUUGAAAUCAAUGCUCCAACCGGUGCUGAUUUUCACUUAACAGUUAGAGGGUCUGAUUGGUUAUGGGCUGCUUUCUGUAUCUUUAUUUUCGUUACCAUCCUGGUUAGUGGUUUAAUGUUUAGAAAACCUGCUACUGAAAGAGUUUUCUACUACACCACAAUCUUACCAUCUGCUUUUAUGGCUGUUACUUAUUUCACCAUUGCUUCAAACUUAGGUUGGACUCCAAUUAGAGCUGAAUUCAAUCAUGUUACUACUGAUAUCCAAGAAGAACAUCCAGGUUAUAGACAAAUCUUCUAUGCUAGAUAUGUUGGUUGGUUUUUAUCAUUCCCAUUUAUUGUUAUUAACUUAGGUUUCUUAUCAAGAACACCAUGGCCACAAAUUGCAUUCAAUGUUUUCUUUACUGAAAUUUAUGUUGUUGCUGAAUUGUUUGGCUCAUUGGUUCAUUCAACUUAUAAAUGGGGGUUCUAUGUCAUUGGUAUUGGUGCUUAUAUCUUUGUUACAAUCUUAAAUUUUACAACAUCAAGAAAAUUAGCUCAAAAAGUUGGACAUGAUUGUUAUGUUUAUUUCUUGAUUGGUGCAAGUAUUGUUACCUUUUUAUGGUUUAUUUAUCCAAUUGCAUUUGGUAUCUCUGAAGGUGGUAAUGUUAUUCAACCAAAUUCAGAAGCUGUUUUCUAUGGUGUUUUAGAUGUUGUCUUAUUUGCAUUCUAUAACGGUGCCUUCUUAGUUGCAACUAAUGAUUUUACAUUGGAUAGAUUAGGAUUAGCAACUCCAGAAUUCACUAUUAUCCCACAUGAAAAAUCUGGACUUUCAACUGCUUCUGGUAGAGCUUCAGGUGAAACUGCAGUUUCAAGAGCUGCUUCAGGUGCUACAUCACCAAGACCUUAA